CCUGUGCAAGUAAGAAAGCCUUCCUUUUGGUCUCUUUUAUUGUCUCUCCCUCUCUCUCCCCAACACCCUUUACUCAAAUUCAAUGAAUUGUAUUGCUUUUUCUCCAUUUUGCAGGGGCAGGGAAUAAUUAUCACCAUAUCUGAGAUCUCCUGUUUUUGACUCCAGACUUCUCUCCCAACCCAAAACAUCAUCUCUUUCUCCCCCCCUCUCUCUCUCCCCUCAUUUAUGGGUCUUGCUUGCAAGUUUUUGGAUUUUAUAUCCUUUUCGUGAAACCCCCCCCAUUAAAGAUGUGUGGACGAGCAGAUGAACAGUGGACUCAGAAGAAUCUUUAUUGGCGCGAUGAAGAUCGGUGAGAAAGAAAAGAGAAAAGCUUCUGUUGCCGCUUCUUCUUCAGCCAUUUGUUGCUCCUGGAGCUGAAGUUUGGAUCUGGGUGUGAGCGAAGUUCGCAACUUUAUGCAUGCCGAAGACUCGCCCCCGGGUUGACUUGCUGACUCGCUCGGAUCAUGUGACCCUGAAGAGUUGAGCUCCGAUUCUUGAAUAAUAGACAAGAGGGGUGUUGGUGUUAUGUAUGAAGCUUGCGAUUAUGAAAGGUAUUAGGUUGAAGAAGCGCUGAUCUCUAGAGAAAGAUUUUUCACUGUUUGUCUUGUGUUCGGUGAUGCUUCUCAAUGGGACAACAAGGGACGAGACUGCGUAAUUAGACCGGUGAUAGUAUUUGCUUUGUUGUUUGUAUCAAGCAGUUCUCAAGAUUGCACUGAAAUCUUGGGUAUUUGGCAUUUUGUUUGUGGGUGGGAGCUCUGAAGAGUCGAGAAAAGAAAAGGAAGGUGCUUUGGGGUCAGGCGGCACUGUGGACUAUUUCUUGAGAAGUUCUGUGGUUCUUUUUCCUUGGGAAGUAAGAAUUUCUCCGGGUGAUUGAAUUGAAUUUUUCUGGAGAUGGCAACCUCCUGCAAGGACGGUAAACUUGGGCACAGCAACAGUAGCAAUAGCUUGGACAAUGGAAAAUAUGUGAGGUACACGCCUGAGCAGGUUGAAGCCCUCGAGAGGCUCUACCACGAGUGUCCGAAGCCCAGUUCACUCCGUCGCCAACAGCUGAUCAGGGAGUGUCCCAUUCUCUCCAACAUUGAGCCCAAGCAAAUCAAGGUCUGGUUCCAGAACAGAAGAUGCAGGGAGAAGCAGAGGAAAGAAGCUUCCCGUUUGCAAGCUGUGAACAGGAAGCUCACUGCCAUGAACAAGCUGUUGAUGGAGGAGAAUGAUAGGUUGCAGAAGCAAGUUUCUCAGCUGGUGUAUGAGAAUGGCUAUUUCCGCCAGCACACCCAGAACACGACGCUUGCAACCAAAGACACAAGCUGUGAAUCGGUGGUGACGAGCGGUCAACACCAGUUGACAUCUCAGCAUCCUCCAAGGGAUGCUAGUCCUGCAGGGCUUUUGUCCAUUGCAGAAGAGACUUUAGCAGAGUUUCUUUCAAAGGCCACUGGAACCGCUGUGGAGUGGGUCCAAAUGCCUGGAAUGAAGCCUGGUCCGGAUUCCAUUGGAAUCGUUGCUAUUUCUCAUGGUUGCACUGGUGUCGCAGCACGAGCAUGCGGACUCGUGGGUCUUGAACCUACAAGAGUCGCUGAAAUCCUGAAGGAUCGACCGUCAUGGUUCCGUGACUGUCGAGCCGUGGAUGUUUUGAACGUGCUGCCGACAGCAAAUGGUGGAACCAUUGAGCUGCUCUACAUGCAGCUCUAUGCGCCAACAACCUUGGCGCCAGCUCGUGACUUCUGGUUGCUGCGUUAUACUUCUGUUCUGGAAGAUGGGAGUCUUGUGGUUUGUGAGAGGUCACUUAAAAAUACUCAAAAUGGUCCAAGCAUGCCUCCAGUGCAGCCUUUUGUCCGAGCAGAGAUGCUUCCUAGUGGCUACUUGGUACGUCCAUGUGAAGGUGGUGGUUCAAUCAUACGCAUUGUUGAUCACUUGGAUCUAGAGCCAUGGAGUGUGCCUGAAGUACUGCGCCCAUUGUACGAGUCCUCCACAAUGCUUGCUCAGAAGACGACAAUGGCAGCUCUGCGGCAGCUGAGGCAGAUAGCUCAGGAAAUUUCACAGCCUAAUGUUUCUGGCUGGGGAAGGCGACCCGCAGCGCUUAGGGCUCUUAGCCAGAGGUUAAGCAGGGGAUUUAAUGAGGCUCUUAAUGGAUUUACUGAUGAAGGAUGGUCGAUCAUGGGAAAUGAUGGCAUUGAUGAUGUCACUAUUCUCGUCAAUUCAUCCCCUGACAAGCUAAUGGGUUUGAAUCUUUCGUUUUCGAAUGGAUUCCCAGCUGUGAGCAACGCUGUCCUAUGUGCUAGGGCCUCUAUGCUGUUGCAGAAUGUGCCUCCUGCAGUCCUCCUUCGCUUCCUCCGCGAGCAUAGGUCAGAAUGGGCUGACAAUAGUAUCGAUGCGUACUCAGCCGCAGCAGUGAAGGUUGGUCCCUGUGCUUUACCUGGAUCACGUAUGGGGAGUUUCGGGGGUCAAGUUAUACUUCCCCUUGCUCAUACUAUCGAGCAUGAAGAGUUCUUGGAGGUCAUCAAAUUGGAAGGCAUGGGCCAUUCUCCAGAAGAUGCCCUAAUGCCUAGAGAUAUAUUCUUCCUGCAAAUGUGCAGUGGAGUCGAUGAAAAUGCUGUGGGAACAUUUGCUGAAUUGAUAUUUGCUCCAAUUGAUGCUUCCUUUGCUGAUGAUGCACCUCUUCUUCCUUCCGGGUUCCGUAUCAUUCCUCUUGAUUCAGUAAAGGAAGCUUCCAGUCCUAAUCGCACGCUGGACCUCGCUUCUUCUCUUGAGAUAGGGCCAGCUGGAAAUAGGAGUUUUAACGAUAUUAAUGCUAAUUCUGGCUGUACAAGAUCAGUGAUGACUAUCGCGUUUGAGUUUGCGUUCGAAAGCCACAUGCAGGAACAUGUGGCCUCCAUGGCCCGCCAAUAUGUGCGUAGCAUAAUAUCCUCGGUGCAGAGAGUGGCAUUGGCGCUUUCUCCUUCCAAUCUCGGUUCACAUGCUGGUCUGCGUACGCCUCUUGGCACUCCUGAAGCCCAAACACUUGCCCGCUGGAUUUGCCAUAGUUAUAGGUGUUACUUGGGGGUGGAUCUUCUCAAGUCGAGCAAUGAAGGAAGUGAGUCGAUUCUCAAGAACCUGUGGCAUCACUCAGAUGCUAUCAUGUGCUGCUCUCUUAAGGCCUUACCCGUAUUCACGUUUGCGAAUCAGGCAGGUCUGGACAUGCUCGAAACCACCUUGGUGGCUCUGCAAGACAUAACCCUUGAAAAGAUAUUCGAUGAUCAUGGCCGAAAGACUCUCUGUUCAGAGUUCCCGCAAAUCAUGCAACAGGGUUUCGCUUGUCUUCAAGGUGGGAUCUGCCUCUCGAGCAUGGGACGACCAGUGUCGUACGAAAGGGCGGUGGCGUGGAAAGUUAUGAAUGAAGAAGAGAACGCCCAUUGCAUCUGCUUUAUGUUCAUCAACUGGUCUUUUGUGUGAUUUCUGCUGCAGAAGCUAAAGGCGAUGAUAAGCCAUGUAAGUCGUGAAGGAGACGCUCUUUAUCUAGUAACCGCUACUUAAAAAAGCUACUUUGGUCUAUGAACCUUAGAACUGAUAUGUCCUCUUUUGCUUAGACGUUCGUCGUGUAGACACCUGGUCGAUGUCAAACUCUUUUGCCAUGUCUGUGUAGUGGUUAUGAAUGGACCUGGAUGUUAUGCUUGGAA